AUGAAGCUGAACCUCCUCCUGCUCUUCAUUUCCCUACUAAUCGGCUCAUUCGCUCAAGUCGGACUUUUCUACCUCCCUUGUCACUCGAACGUCGAGUGCGUCGCCAUGCUUUGUAAGGUCAAAUAUUGAUUUUUGAUGGAAAUUGGACUUUCCCAAUGAUUUGCAGACCCAUCAGCAGGCCUACUGUCGUCUCAUGUCCGAUAGAAAAAAUGGGUUCUGCUUUUGUAUUCAAAAGUUGGUCAUUGGGGACUUUUCAAGAUGCUUUUUAUUGGGAAAUUUAGGGUACCUGAAGGUCAGAAGUACCAAAUUGUCACCUUACCACCUCCAACCGAGCCAAGUUCCACGGAAACUACGACGACGGAUAAUACUACGGAUAGUACUACAGAUAGUACUACAAGUAGUACUACGAAAAAGACUAGGAAAAAACCAACAACGACCCAAAUUUUGGUUUCAAGCACGUCCAAAUUUCUCCGUACGACAAGUAAUCCUACCAAAAAAACUGUUAGUGCAUAAAUAAUGAUAAACCUUUUUAAAUUUGUUCUGUUGUCUUUUCAUUGAAUUCAUUUUAUUUUUCAUUCAUUUUUUUAAUUUUUUUCAAUUUUUUUAUAAGCCCUAAUUUCCAUUGGAUGAAGUAGUUUUUGUGUUUUCCAAGAUUCUGGAACCUUUUUUUUUUCCUUCAAAUCUAUUUUUUUCAGCCGGGGUGUUUUUUUUCGGUUACACUUCUACAGAAAAAUUCAUUUUUUCUAGAAAAAAAUUUAGAUCGAAUUUUCUAGGGCUUUUUUCGAUUUAUUUUCUUAUAUCAAUUUAAAGAAUUUGGUUUUUCAAGUUGUUUUAAUUUUGACUAAAAAAAGGAUGGCUGGAUUUUUUUCAGAAUUAUUUCGAAAAAUUGGUCGAUUUUCUAAGAAAUUCGGCGAAAAAAAUGAAGCUUUUUCCCAAAAAAAUUUGAUUUUGUACUAACCGUCGGAAGAGUUUCCAGAAUAUAAAACCAACUUUCCAACUUUAAAAAACAACUUUUUUUCGAAAUAACUGAACAUUUUUUUGAGUUUUUUUGAAGGGUAA